AUGAUGCUUGGCCUAGUGCAGCUGCUGGUGGGGUUCGUUGUCGCCUGGGAAGCCGUCGAGCUCGUCCUCCGCCACGGCCUCCUCGUCUCCGUCUUCAAGCUCGCCAUCCUCGCCGCCCUUGCCGCUGCGGCCGGAUGCGUCGCCGUCAUCUUAUUCGCCAGGGCGGUAGCCUGGGUGCUCCAACGCGCGGCCAAGCUCUCCAUCAGUUGCCGCUCCUACAGCUUCAAUUACCUGAGGGACAUCACCAUUUCAUCACCGAAGGGCGCUGUUGAGUCCAUUUGCAUUGGUGAAAUUAGACUUGGCCUGCGUAAACCAAUCACCCAGCUGGGAUUUACAAUACUAACCCAUGGACCAAUCCUGCAACUGCAAAUCUCUGAUUUGGAUGUUGUCCUCAGGCAACCUGUGAAAUCCGCUAACAAGAAGAAACCUUCCCCUCGCAAACCGACCUCGACCACAGCAGCCAAAGCAAAAGGAAAAUCCAAAGGACAAGCAAAAUGGAGGCUGAUAACAAGCAUGGCCAGUCUGUUGUCAUUAUCCAUAGUGGAGCUGAGGCUUAAGGCUCCAAAAGCUGCUCUUGGUAUCAAGGACCUUAAGAUUGAUAUAUCUAAAACUGGAGGACUGGAUCCAGUUCUUAAUGUUCAAGUUAAUAUCAUACCUUUAUUUGUGCAAGCACUGGAGUCAGACAGCAUUGAAAACAACACAUCGGUGUUUAGUAAAUUGGAUUGGUGGGUUAGUGGACAAUAUUGUUCAGCCAUGGACACUUCAGACUGUAGCUCUUUCCUGCUUGAGGAUAUAUCACUCUCAUGUGACAUUCAUCAAAGGGAUAAAGCAAUUAGAGUAAAAAAUUUGGACUUGAUGCUUGGUCCAAUCGUUGUGAAUUUGGAAGAGAAAUUACUCGCAAAAAAGAAACCAUCUGCCUCUACUGUUGCUGAGCAAAAGGAUGAACGUUCUGUGGAUAAUAAAUCAGCAGCCAGAUCUGAAGGGGGCAAACUUGCAUCACUAAAUAAGAAGAUCAGUAUGUUUCCCGAAAAGGUUAGCUUCAAUAUGUCCAAACUUGAUCUGAAGUUUUUGCCUAAAGAUCAUGGCCUCUCAAUCAACAAUGAAAUUGGUAGCAUAUCUUUGAGAUGUACAAGGUUACAACCACAACAAGACUUCGGAGAGGUCACAACACAUCUUCGGUUGGAAACUGAUAUAACGGAGAUUCAUCUCCUAAUGGAUGGUGCCACCUCUGUAUUAGAGGUUAUAAAAGUUUCAACAGUUGUUUCAGCUAACAUUCCGUCUCAGACAGCAUUGCCAGUUCAAGCUGAAGUAGAUAUCAAGAUUAGUGGAUUCCAAUGUAACCUCAUUGUAAGCAGAAUUAAGCCACUGAUUAGAAUAAACUCAGAUAAAAAGAAGCCUCUUGUUCUUCAUGACAAUCCUCAGCAAAAGAAGGCACCCAAAGAAAAAUUAGCAUUGUCUUUGGCAUGUACACUGUCAGCUCCUGAGUUGACUCUUGUGCUUCAUAGUCUUGAUGACGUACCACUUUACCAUUGUCUUUUUCAAUCAGCUAAUGUUUCUGCAAGUAAGAUGAUAGACCAAGGAACUCAAUUGCAUGCCAAACUUGGUGACUUAAAAUUUCUUGUUUCUGGUAAACACCAGCAGUCAAUGAAAGAAAGUGCUUCGAGCACCUUACUGCACAUUAGGCAGUCAACUCUUGAUUUGGAACAAAAGGACCCAGGCAAAGAUAAUGAUGAGGACCAUGCUAAAUCUUCUAUCUCUGUUAAUAUACCUGGAAUCAGAAUGCACUUUUGUUUUUACUAUCUUGAGUCACUUUGUGCAACUGCAAUGUCAUACAAAGUGUUCCUGAAAAGCAUUUUGCCUCCUAAGAAGCGAUCUGUCCAGGAGAAUGCUUCUCAAAAAUCUACCAAGAAAUCUAAAGGAGCACAGCUUCUCAAAAUCAAUGUUGCACAGUGCUCUAUUGUGUAUGAUGGUGACAUGAGGCUGGAAGAUAUGAGUAUUGCUGAUCCAAAGCGUGUAAAUUUUGGUUCUCAGGGUGGUCGUGUUGUAAUCAUCAACGAAGCUAAUGGUUCCCCAAGGAUGGCUUAUGUAAAUUCUACCAGCCUUCCGGAUCAUAAGAAUGUGCACUUCUCCACUUCUCUUGAGAUCUAUCAGUUUGGUGUAUCUUUGAAUAAGGCAAAGCACUCCAUGCAGGUUGAACUUGAGAACUUUAGAUUGACACAUAAAGAGGACCAGCUUGAUAAUAAACCUGUAGAGGAAACCAAGCUUUUUGAUGUGCGUAAAGCGAAGUUUGUCCAGCGUUCUGGUGGGUUAAAUGAUAUUGCAGCCUGCUCUCUCAUCAAUGUGACUGACAUUGCAGUAAGGUGGGAACCUGAUCCCUAUCUGGAAUUGCUUGAAGUAGCUACACGACUUAAAUCUGUUCUGCAUAGAAUGAAACUACAGCAUGCUGUUACCGAGGUAAAAGAUGAAACAUUGAACAUGGAUAUUCUGUCCAAAAAAGAAUCACCCACAGACCAUGGUCAGCAAGAGAAGGCACAAAAGAAGAGAGAAUCAGUAAUUGCCAUUGAUUUGGAAUCACUGAAAAUUUCAGGUGAACUUGCUGAUGGGGUUGAGGCAAUGAUUACUGUUGGUUACAUAUUUUCUGAGAAUGCAAAGAUAGGUGUUUUGGUUGAGGGAAUAUCAGUCAGCUUUUGUGGUGCGUGGAUAUUAAAAAGCAGUCGUAUGCAGUUAUCUCGUAUCCCGAUUUCUGUUUCUGAUAGCAAUUCUGAUAAGAAGUUACAAUCUGCAGCUGCAUGUGAUUGGGUUAUUCAAUGCCGUGAUGUUAAUAUUUGCUUGCCUUUUAGGUUGCAACUGAGAGCUAUUGAUGAUGCUGUAGAAGACACAUUGAGGGCCUUUAAACUUAUUUCUGCAGCAAAAACAUCUGUAUUGUUUCCUGAGAAGAAAUCUAGCACCACCAGCAGCAAAAAGAGCAAACCAAAAAUGGCAUUUCGGUAUGUGCGGGUCAUUGUACGUGACCUGAUAGCAGAAAUUGAGGAAGAGCCCAUGCAAGGAUGGCUUGAUGAGCAUAUGACUUUAAUGAAGAGUAUAUUUUAUGAGUCGACAGUUAGGUUGAAUCUACUUGAUGAGCUUUCUUCAGGUAAAAAUAAGGAUUCCCCCAAGGCAAAACUGGAUACUUCUUCUGAAAAGAACAGUGGUUGUCCUGAUGUUGAUGCAGAUGUUCCUGGCACACACUCCAUUGAAAAACUCAGGGAAGAGAUCUAUAGACAAGCAUUUCAGUCAUAUUACCAAGCAUGCCAGAAAUUGCCAGUAUCAGAAGGGUCUGGUGCUUGUUCAAGUGGCUUCCAGUCAGGAUUCAAGAUGAGUACUCGUAGAGCAUCAGUUAUGUCAGUAUGUGCAAAAGAUGUUGAUGUGAGCUUAUCAAAGAUCGAUGGCGGUGAUGAAGGAAUGAUUAGUUUUAUUAAAUCUCUAGAUCCAGUUUGUGCCAAAGAUGAUAUCCCGUUUUCCAGAUUGUAUGGUAGCAAUUUUAGUUUGAAAACUAGAUCCUUAUCUGUGUACUUGAGAGAUUACACAUUUCCACUCUUUUCUGGAACCAAUGGCAAAUGUGAUGGACGUCUUGUGCUGGGUCAGCAGGCAACCUGUUUUCAGCCCCAAGUACGACAGGAUGUUUAUGUUGGCAAAUGGUGGAGAGUAAAUCUGCUACGCUCUGCAACUGGUUAUACCCCACCAAUGAAAACAUAUGCUGACAUACCACUGUAUUUUAAAAAGGGGGAAGUAUCAUUUGGAGUUGGUUAUGAGCCUGUUUUUGCUGAUGUAAGCUAUGCUUUUACUUGUGCACUCAGGAGGGCAAAUUUAGCUAAGAGGUGGUUUUUUGAGCGACCUGAGCCCCCUAGAAGAGAGCGCAGCUUACCCUGGUGGGAUGAUAUGAGGAACUAUAUUCAUGGAAAAUUUAAAUUGUGUUUUAAUGAGACAAAGUGGCAUCUCCCUGCUUCGACAAGCCCUUAUGAGAAGCUUGAUGAAAUGCUAAUCAAAACUGACUUCAUGGAAAUACAUUAUGUGGAUGGUUAUGUCAGUCUGUCUUCGAAGUAUCUAAGGGUGUACCUAACUAGCUUAGAGAGUCUAGCAAAGAAGUCCAGUUUAGAAAUUCCACACCAUCCAGCUAUACCUUUCCUUGAAACCCCCUCCUUUUUCAUGGAUAUUUCAAUACAGUGGGGUUGUGAUUCCGGUAAUCCUAUGGAUCAUUUUAUAUUUGCUCUUCCUGCAGAGGGAAAACCACGGGAUAAAGUCUUUGAUGCAUUCCGCUCAACUUCUCUGUCACUGAAGUGGAGUUUUUCACUUAAGCCUUCUACUACUGAACCCAUAGAACACCAACAGAAGAGUAAUUCGUAUACAACUGAUUCUCCAACUGUGAACGUGGGGGUGCAUGAUUUGGUCUGGCUAAUGAAGUGGUGGAACUUGCUUUUUCUUCCUCCCCAUAAACUAAGACUGUUUUCGAGGUUUCCACGUUUUGGAGUUCCCAGAUUUAUACGAUCUGGAAACCUCCCACUUGACAGAGUUAUGACAGAACAGUGCAUUCGUUUUGAUGCCAUUCAAUUACAGAUUAACAACAUGCCUCUACAGGCAGAUGAUCCUGCAAAAGGUUUGACACUACACUUCACAAAAUUUAGGUACGAAAUAGCUUUCAGCCGUGGGAAGCAGAUAUUCACCUUCGAUUGCAAGCGUGAACCUCUUGAUCUUGUCUACCAGGGCAUAGAUCUGCACUUGUUGAAGGUAUUUAUUAACAGAAUUCCUGAAUCAUCAACUUCUAAGGAUUCUAAGAUAGAAAAUAAGAGUCUGCUGACAAAAGAUAAAGAUAGUCUUGGUUGUGAAAAGGGCAAAAAGAAAACUAGUCCAACCGAGAAAAGCCGAGAUGAUGGAUUCUUUCUGUAUUCUGAUUAUUUCACAAUACGAAAACAAACUCCCAAGGCUGAUGCUGCUAGAUUAUCAGCAUGGCAGGAAGAUGGCAGAAAAAAAACUGAAAUGCCAUUGAUCAAGUCUGAGUUUGAUGGGGGGGAUGAAAGUGAUCAUGAUCAAUCAGGUAGUGAUGAUGAGGGAUUCAAUGUGGUGGUUGCUGAUAGUUGCCAGAGAGUUUUUGUCUAUGGAUUAAAGAUUCUGUGGAAUUUAGAAAACCGGGCUGCUGUCCUCUCUUGGGUUGGUGGUUUAACCCAGGCAUUUCAGCCUCCAAAGCCAUCUCCUUCUCGCCAAUACACCCAAAGAAAAUUUCUCGAGAAGAAACAGUUAAUUAAAGAAGCUGAGAUGUCCAAGUCUGGGGCUCUCAGCUCUGUGUCCUCAACAUCACAGCCUUCUGAACCUCAACAAAUCAAGAGUUCAGAGUCACCACCUUCCAUUGGAUCUGGCAAGCCAGAUCUGACAUCAAGUAGUGAAAAUGCACUUAAGCCUUCAAAUAAUAGUGAUUCAGAAGAGGAAGGUACCAGGCAUUUCAUGGUUAAUGUUGUCCAACCUCAGUUCAAUUUGCAUUCAGAAGAAGCAAAUGGUAGGUUUCUGCUAGCUGCUGGUAGUGGGCGGGUCAUGGUUCGUUCAUUUCAUUCAAUUGUGCAAGUUGGUCAAGAGAUGUUUGAGAAAGCAACUGGUUCCAGUAAUGGUGCUACUGGUGGGACUGGGCCAGAAAUGACCUGGUCACGUGUGGAGCUCUCUGUCAUGUUGGAGCAUGUUCAAGCUCAUGUUGCUCCCACAGAUGUUGAUCCAGGUGCUGGUAUUCAGUGGUUGCCAAAAAUACACCGGAGAUCAUCUGAAGUUAAGAGAACAGGUGCUUUACUUGAAAGGGUAUUUAUGCCAUGCCAAAUGUAUUUCCGCUACACGAGGCAUAAGGGAGGAACCCCUGAACUAAAGGUUAAACCACUGAAAGAGCUGACAUUUAACUCACCAGACAUAACUGCUGGUAUGACAUCACGCCAAUUUCAAGUUAUGAUGGACGUAUUGACUAACCUUCUCUUUGCAAGAACUCCCAAAAAACCGAAGAGUAAUCUAAGCUAUCCCCUGGAUAAUGAUGACGACGACAUUGAAGAAGCAUCUGAUGCAGUUGUACCUGAUGGAGUUGAGGAGGUAGAAUUAGCUAAGAUUGGUGUUGAAGUAAAAGAAAGAGCUCGGAAGCUACUGCUUGAUGAUAUCCGAGCCUUAUCUACCUGUGGUGAAUCAUCUCAUGAUCAGAGUCAGUCACCAAAGGCUGAUGACGCUGCAUGGAUUGUUACUGGUUCAAGGUUAAUGCUGGUCAAACAACUGAAGAAACGACUCAUGAAUGUCCGCAAUGGUAGGAAAGAAGCAUAUUCUAUGCUAAGAACUGCUAUGCAGAAAGCUGCACAGUUGAGGUUGAUGGAAAAGGAAAAGAACAAAAGCCCUUCAUUUGCCAUGAGAAUUUCAGUGAGGAUAAAAAAGAUUGUGUGGAGCAUGUUAGCAGAUGGAAAAUCCUUUUCUGAGGCCGAGAUAAACGAUAUGAUUUUUGAUUUCGACCGAGACUACAAAGAUAUUGGCAUUGCCCAGUUGACAACCAAGCUGUUCGUCCUAAAAAAUGGACUUGCUAAUGCAAAAUCAGAUACUGUUGUAUCACCCUGGAAUCCACCUUCUGAAUGGGGCAAGAAUGCAAUGCUUCGUGUCAAUGCCCGGCAGGGAGCUCCAACUGGUGGGAAUUCAGUUAUCGAGAGUUUCUUAGUAGACAUCUAUCCACUAAAAAUUUAUUUGACUGAAGCAAUGUACAGAAUGAUGUGGGGAUAUUUCUUCCCUGGAGAUGAACAGCAACCACAAAAGCGACAGGAGCUUUUCAAGGUCUCCACUACAGCAGGAACAAGACGAAAGAAAAACACUUUUGUUGCAGAGACUAACAGUCCCAAUAACCAGUCAUCAAAAGAAACUACAUUUUCACAGAAGCCUGAACUUCGAAGGACAUCUUCAUUUGACAGGACAUGGGAGGAAACAGUUGCUGAGUCUGUAGCUAACGAACUUGUUUCACAAAUGGAGGGUCAAUCAAAUGCCCAAUAUGAACCUCAAGAUGCUGCUAAGGAUUCCAAGUUACUACGUCCUGUUCGCUCUACUCGUGAGGAUAAGAAAAUUGUAGAGCCCAAUGAGAUGAAACAAUCUAGACCUCAAAAAAUGAUGGACUUCCGCAAUAUAAAAAUAAGCCAGGUUGAACUGCAGCUCACAUAUGAAGGAUUGCCAUUUGCUGUUAGUGAUGUAAGGCUACUUAUGGAUACCUUCCAUCGUGAGGAUUUUACCGGAACAUGGCCAAGACUGUUUUCACGAGUAAAGAAACAUAUUGUAUGGGGUGUAUUGAAGUCUGUUACAGGCAUGCAGGGUAAAAAGUUUAAAGCUAAAUCUAGCAGCCAAAAAGAACCAUCUACAGCUUUAAUCAGUGCCACUGAUUUUAAUUUAAGUGACAGUGAUGGUGACGAAGCUGGCAGUUCUGAUCAACUUCCAGCGUUUCUAAAAAAGCCUAGUGAUGGAGCUGGUGAUGGAUUCGCAACCUCCGUUAAGGGAUUAUUCAGUACACAGAAAAAGAAAGCGAUGGCAUUUGUUUUGAAGACAAUGAAAGGAGACGCUGAUCAUGAUUUCCAUGGUGAACGGAGUGAGAAUGAAAUUGAGUUCUCCCCAUUUGCUCGGCAGUUGACUAUAACAAAAACGAAGAAGCUUAUACGGCGGCACACAAAGAAGUUAAACAAGUCUAAGGUUCACAAAGUUACAGCUACUGAGCUAGAAGUGGCAGAGCUGCCGCCGCGUGCUCCUGGAUUCAACACGGACUCCUCCGACUCGUCAUCGGCGGAAACAAGCCCAAAAUAUUAG